AUGACAAAAAACUUCAGAAAAGAAAUUCUGGAAAUCAAAGCAUUUUUGAACUCUUCAAAAGAUGGAAAUGGAGGUUCAGAAUGGGAAUCUUGUUCUUCAUUUAGUUUACUUCUUCACUUUUUAUUUCAAGAAAUUAAAGAUACAAGGCAGUUUAGAAGGUGGCUAUACAAAAAACUUCAAUUAGAAUUAAACGAUGCAACAGCUAGAAGUUCUACUGCUGGGAGAAUAAUUCAAGACAUUCAAAUUCGUGAUUUGGAAAUUGGAACACAUCCACCUAUGAUUAAAGACAUUAAAGUUUCAGAAUUUAAAUUGAAUGAGUCAGAUCCAGAUAUGUUUGAUGAAUUGGUUUUGAUGUUAAAUUUGGAUUAUAAAGGGGGGUUUCAAAUGUCUGUAGAUGCUUUGAUGGCUUUUGGAAAGUUUGCACAAUUAUCUGUUAAGUUGUUGGAACUUAAAGGAAAAGCUAGACUUACAAUAACUCGACAACCUUUUGCUCAUUGGAGUAUUUGUUUUGUAGAAAAUCCUCAAAUGAAUUUAAAAAUUGAUUCUCAGUUCCAAGGCAGAAAUCUUCGACAUUUAAUUCCUUUAAUUACAACAGCUUUUCGUAAACUUGUUCAACUUAAACAUGUUUGGCCUAAUUAUAAAAUUCGUUUUCGACCAUUUUUUCAAAAUCCGUUGUUUAAUAUUUCUCCAAAUAUUGAAGCACUUGAUCACAUUCAUUUUUCUGGUUCGGGUUUAGAAGUUACUGUUUUAUGCUCAUCUCGUUUAAAUAUUUCACUUCGUCAUGGAGGACAGCAUCUUUUUUGCAAAGUAUUUUUAGAAAAACGCCCUUUUGGUUGCUCUUCGUUUAACAAACUUAAAGGAACUUCAACUAAUCAAAUAUCCUCAAAUGAAGAAUUAUUACAUUUACAAAGUUUAAUGUUGUCUUUUUCAAGGAAGGGAAUUAAUGAUAAAAUUGGUUUGACAUUGGGAAUGAAGAAUGGAAAAGACAUUUUUGUCGAAAAAGUCGAAACCAAUUCAAAUGCAGAAAAAAGCGGCUUCAAAGUUGGGGAUAUUUUAAUUGCUGUAAACAAUAUAGCCGUUAGAAGUGAAAGACAAGCUAUUCGAUUAUUAUCUGGGACAUGUAGCGAUUUAUUAAUUUUAGUGGAAAGAAAAUUGGAAGAGAAGAAAAAUAAUAAUAAUUGUUCAUCUUCAUUACAAAAACCUUCAAAAUCUGUUGAUGAUUUUAUUUUACUUGGGGCACAACCUAUAGAAUUUAGAGCUGAGGAUUUGCCUGAAUUUAAUGAAGAAGAAAAGGAGGAAGAAAAAAAUAUUGGAAAAUGUUUAUUUAAAUCUGCUUCGGACUCUAUUGAACUCCUUUUACUUUCUUCACAAACAAAAAGGGGGUCAGUUGAUUAUUCUAGUCCCAACAUUAAUUCAAACAAGGAAGAGAAGUGUGAAGAACAAGAUAAACAAAUUGUAAAACAAGUUGCAAAACAACAUGCAAAACAAGUUGGGGAAAUUGUUGGGAAACAAGUGGGAAAUAAAAUAGGGGAACAAGUUGGAGAAAAUGUUGGGAAGAAAGUUGAAGAACAAGUUGUAAAACAAGUUGGGGAAAAAAUUGUAAAAAAUGUUGGGAAACAAGUUGGAGAAAAAGUUGAAAAACAAGUUGUAAAAAAUGUUGAGGAGAAAGUUGGAGAAAAUACUGAAAAACAAGUUGGGAAACAAGUUGGAGAUAAAAAUGAGAAACAAGUUGGAGAAAAAGUUGGAAAACAAGUUGUAAAUAAAAAUGAAGAAAAACAAGGAGAAAGUGAUGAAAAACAAGUUGCAAAACAAGUUGGAGGAAAACUUGAAAGAAAUGAAGGAAGUUUUCGUCUUUCUAGUAUUAAAAAGAAGAAAAAAACAUUGAGACGUUCAAGAUCCGAAUCAAGUUUGUCACAAACUCCAACAACAACAAAUAAUUCAAGAAAAACAUCAACAAUUAUGCAAAAUGUUGUUCAAAACAAUGAAGACAAUACAAAUUGUAAAUCAAGUUUGGAUGUUUGUGUAGACGAUACAAGUUCAAUUACAAGUUGUAAAAAACCAGAAAAUGUGAAAUCUAAAAGGGAAAGAUUGCAUGCAAAAGCAAACGAAAUGGCAAAACAUUGGCAAGCGGGUAGAUCAAAAAUUAAUGAAUUAUGGAAUAGAAGAAAACCUUCAGAAUUAGCUAUAGAAGUAAACGAUGAUAUGGAAAUUAAUGAACAUUUUACUAAUGUGGAUAGGUUGUGUACUCCUACUAGAGAAGAGAAUAAAUUAUUUAAGAAAAAAUUGUCUCCUUCCCCUUCUUGUGGCAAAAAUGUAUUAAAUGAUGGAGAAAAGAUUAAUACAGCAACAAAAUCUGAAGCAUUUCUUCAAGAUGUAAAUAUACAAAAAACAAAGCAAAUACCUUUAACUAAGGAUCCUUUGUGGGGACAAUCUCUUCAUUUUACCUUGCAAAACGAGUCAUUAUAUUUAAAUGUGUUGGUUUGUGCUGAUGCUGAAGGAAAUGAAAAAGAUUCUUGUGAACUUGUUGGUUUUACAAGUAUUUAUGUCCCUCGAAUUAUCGAUGAUUGCACGUUGACUCUUUCAAAUAGUCAUCGAGAACGUUUUCAUUUGAAAGGACCCAAAGAAAGGGAAAAUCUACUUCCAACAGAAUUUGAAGAAUUAUCUAAACAUAAUGGCUUUGAUCCACGUUUAUGUUUUGGGGAUAUAAUUCUUGGUUUUCGAUUUUUCCCUGAUGGUCUUCCAAAUUCAUUAAUUCAACAAAACGAUUUAUUAAAAAGGGAAGAAGAAGAAAACAAAGAAGAAAAACAACAAAAAGAAAAUUUAAAUCAACAACAACAAUUAAAUAAUAAUGAACAUAAAUGGAUUAAUUUGCAACCUAAGCAUGGUUUACAUUUUUCUUGUUUUAUUUGUUCUGGCAAAAUUUGGUUAAAAGGAGGUAGUCGUUGUGAAAAAUGUUUGAUAAUUUGUCAUACAAAUAAUAAAUGUUUGGAUAAAGCAAAAGCUUGUGAAUGUACUAAAAUAAUGAAUCCUUCAAAUUUUAAUGAUGAUGAAGCUUUUGAAGAAUUGGUUGAUUUUAAUGUUGAAUCCCCUACAAGAAAAGAGGCAGCAAAUUAUUCAGGUAGUUCUAAUUUUUUCUUGAUUUAUUCUGAUUUUUUUCUGAUCUUGAGUUGA